GUCUGUCUACAUCGUAACCUCCCAAUACGCCGUCAAAGUAUUAGGGUUUAAAACCCGCAGAAGGCGACACUGAGCAGUUUUUCUUUUUCUUAUCUAUAUAUACACACACACAUUCAAGCUUUUACUUUAUAUAUAUAAGACCAUUGCAACAACUUUUAAAAUUCGGUGUUUACUUAGUAGAUACGAUAAAAGGAAUUUCUCCAUGCCUUCGGAACAAGCGAACAAGCCGCACGCGGUGUGCAUUCCAGCCCCAGCACAAGGCCACAUUAAUCCGAUGCUAAAAGUUGCCAAAAUCUUGCAUUCAAAAGGCUUCGAUAUCACCUUUAUCAAUACUGAAUUCAACCAUCGACGCCUCGUUAAAUCUCUUGGCUCUGACGCCUUACAUGGUUUCCCUUUCUUUCGCUUUGAAACCAUCCCCGAUGGUCUUCCACCGCCCGAAAAUGAAGAUGUUACCCAAGAUGUUGCACCAACACUUAAGUCACUCCAUGAAACUGGUUUGGGCCCAUUUAAAAGUAUCCUUGCUAAAGUGAGUGCUUCUUAUUCACCGGUGACUUGCAUAGUGGCUGACUUCCUUAUGGGUUUCACCCUCCCCGCGGCCCAGGAAUUGAAUAUUCCCGGGAUUCUCUUCUGGACUGCGGGUUUGGGUUCUCUCAUAUGUUAUGAUCAAUACCCGAAUCUUAUUGAAAAGGGUUUGAUGCCUCUUAAAGAUCCGAGUUACUUACAAAACGGAUAUUUGGAUACAACCAUAGAUUUUAUACCUACUAUGUCUGGUAUACGUCUAAAAGAUAUUCCACCAUUCGUUAGAAUCAUCUACCCUGGCGACGAAUUUAUGGUUGGAUUUGCAGCCACGGAGUUGGCAAGAGCAAAAACAGCUUCCGGCAUUAUUUUCAACACUUUUGAUGAACUAGAUUACGACGUUUUGGAUAUGCUCUCUUCAAUGUAUCCAUUUUGCUAUGCAAUAGGUCCUUUGAAUCUAAUGGAGAAUAAUAUUGUUGAUAAAAGUCUAGCAUCCAUCAAAUCAAAUUUAUGGAAAGAAGAACAUGAAUGUUUAAAAUGGCUAAAUACUAAAGAGCCAUUGUCAGUUAUUUACGUAAAUUUUGGUAGCAUAACGGUGAUGACACCUCAACAACUAGUCGAGUUUUGUUGGGGACUUGCGAAGAGUAAUCAUCCAUUCUUGUGGAUAAUACGACCCGACCUUGUGAUAAGUGAUUCAGCUAUGCUUCCACCAGAGUUUCUCAUAGAGACAAAGGGUAGAGGAUUCUUGGCAAGUUGGUGCCCGCAAGAAGAGGUUUUAAGUCACCCGUCAAUUGGAGGGUUUCUAACACAUAGCGGAUGGAAUUCAACUAUCGAAAGCAUUACCAAUGGAGUACCAAUGAUUUGUUGGCCAUUUUUUGCCGACCAACAACCAAAUUGUUGGUGGAGUUGCAAUAAGUGGGGGGUUGCCAUGGAGAUUGAUAACAAUGUUAAGAGUGAUGAAGUUUUGAAGCUAGUGAUUGAGUUAAUGGACGGAGAGAAAGGGAAUGACAUGAGAAAGAAUGUCACUAAUUGGAAGAACAAGGCUCAUGAAGCAUGUGUUUAUCCAUCGGGUUCAUCUAUGGUUAAUCUAGGCAAGUUCAUUCAUUUGCUAAAAACAUCUCCGAAAUAAUUCAAAAUGUUAUCGUUUAUUUAGGUUUUCUAUUUCUUCUAUUAUACAUUUACUUUUCAUGUUAGAAAAAAUUUGGAUUGUAUCUAAUUUUAGUUCAAAAUAUGAGAUGUAUCAAACUUUAAAUGCGUAUGUUAUCAUGUCUAGUUUUUUCUUUUUAA